AUGUCCGAUCCAGAACAGCUGCCAGACGCUACAGAAAGCACCGCAACAACGCUGCCAACAACUCAAACAUCAUCCACAGCAGACAAGAAAAAGCGCAACAAGAAAAAUCCAACCAACCAAACUCUCAGCCAAUUCUCGAUCCGAAAACCAGACUGGGCGUAUCUACACCUGCAACACAUCCCAUCACUCGCGAAUGGCCACCAACAGCAUGGAGCUAUCGACAACGCAACCGUACACCUGCAUAUCACUGCCGCGCUCAAAUCGUUUCUGGGACUGCACGGAAGUGCGAUACCUUUCGACAUUCUAAGGCUCGAUGGACGGCAAGUCUGGAUCCGCGCACCUGCCGAAGACAGAGCCGCCAUCAUCGCAGCAGUCGGUGGCUGGAUCAGUAGCAGUGGUGAAGGCUGGCGAGUCAGAAGCUGGAGUCACUGGAAUGCGAAUGGCCUCGGACGUGAUUCAGGUCAGGACUUGUUCGACUGA